CACCUAUAAAAUUAUAACCUCUCCUAUUCUUAUAGCACCAGUGUACUAUGUACUUUAACGUCUUUAACAUUUUAAACGUGUUUCUUUAUACGAUUAUGGCACUAUCACAUGUAAAUCGUAUAGUAGUAUCUAACGAAGAUACGUUUAAAAAUGUUGUGGUCGAUUUUCAAAAUAAACACGGAUUAAUAUCUGCAAUUAUUGAAGACACUAUGAUUGAACAUACUGAUUAUUUCUAUGGUGUACCUGAAGAAUUGAUCUCUUUUGAGAACGAUUUAAUUUUAAUAUUACAACAGAUAACAUAUUUGUUUUAUUUUAAAAAAACAACCAUAAAUAUUCAUUUACCGGGCUAUGUUUUAAAGGUUUGUUCGGUAUUAUGGAGAUUUUUGGAUUAUAUCUAUACGUAUGCUUUGGUAAACAGGAAAAUAAUAUUGUUAAGUAAAAUGCACUUUGUUAUUUGUUACAAAUUGCCACCGUAUUUUAAUGGCAAUAUCAAUGCGUACCCGGACGGUGUCGUUAUGGAUCGUUUUAUUGAAACCUUAAAAACAGAUUUGUCGAAACUACAAAAUUCUGCAAAACAGGAAACGUUAAUUAAAAAUGACUUUUUUAAUUUACAUGAAGAUCAGGAGUUCAUAAGACACAAUGAAGAAUUUAUUGCGAACGUUUUCAAUCUCGUCGGUAUUAUCGGUAAAAACCCAUCAAUGGUGCAAAGUACAAAUAACCUAUUUUAUAAUAUUUUUCAAGAUUGUUCGUCGCAACAUAAUGGUGUAAGUAUGCGCUAUUUCAGAUUAUCUAACAAUGACAAAAUAGCCGAUGAAAAGCUUAAGAAUCUCACUAAAAUAUUUAUAGACAAUUUUAAAAAUAGUUGCGGUUUGUCAAGUAGUGAAAUUCAAGAUAUUGAUACUUCUGCUUCAACGGCUGACGUAAUAUACAAAUUAUUGUUGUAUGUACUCAAGAAUCUCGAAUACUUUAUAUUAUAUUCUAAUGAUAACGAUUCGAAAGCAACUAAAGAAGAUACGACGAUCACGGACCAUGAGGUAUCGAUAAUGAUAAAUGAAAUGUGCAAGUACAUUCCGUUAAUCAUUUUAUAUUUAAAUUAUAACAAAAUGUAUAAUAUUUCGUAUUGGAAUAUGAUGAGCUUGUAUUUGACGAUAUGCAGUGACUUUAAAGAAUACACUGAUUUUCGCUGCUCGAAUUUAUUUUACGGCAUAGCCGUAGACGACAUUAUAUCCGAGGCCAAUAUGAUUUGUGAAAGGGAAUCGGUGAAAAACAUUCAGGCGUGGAGUUUCUUUAUGAUAACCGAUAAGCAAGCAAUAAAGGAUAAAUUCGUAAAAAAAACCUGUAUUAAGUCAAACUAUGAUUUCAUAAAAGAAAAUUUUGAGCUCGUCCAGCUAUUUUACAAAGGACUAACCGUCGGCGUAUGGACCACGGUCGAGUGGUUGAACGGUAAAUAUUUUCUUACCGAAAAUUACAGUAACGACGACAUGAACGAAUUAAAAUUUAAAGAAAUAAUCGUACGAGGCGUUACAAUGACUUUAUCAGAGGCGUACUAUUUGACAUUUCCGUGGAGGACGAACAUACAUGCCGCCUUGGCUUUUCAUCACACUAUUGUAAAUCACCUAAACACAAUGAUGAGUAUGCACGUAUAUCGACACGCGUAUGUUAUAAUAUUGUACUUAAAGAGCAUCAAGUGUAGAGCUGAAGAGACAGUAUUAAAACGCAUACGAGAUAGUGUUUUGUGGCACUCAUCCGGGACGAAAAUGUUUUACAAAUACCUUUUUUUACCGAAAGUAAUAAUUAACACAACCGAAGACAAUACCAACAUCAUUAUCGAAGACCAUACCGAAGAAUAUCAAAAUGUAAACGAUAUAAUAACCACUAUUUCUAAACUGGAAAGUAUACAUCUUACAAACAUCACUACUGAUUGUGAAAGUACUAUCGACAAACUUAUACGUAUUCCGGAAGACGCGAAAGAAGAAUUGUCUAAAUGGUCCAAGACAGAAUAUAUUGACACUGCCAACGGACACAAUCGUUUCGAUUUGGUCAUGGCAUUCAAUUGUGACAACGCUAUGGACUUUAUAAGUACUUUCUAUUUGAUCGUAAAUAAAUCGAUGGGCAUAAGUAUCGAUUCCAUUGCAAAGGAUAUAACAAAAUGUACAUAUUCAAAAAAUGUUUUCCGUGUUCAGCCCAGUGACAAUUCUCUUAGCGUAGUCUACAGUAACCCGGAGAUUUUAAUUGAACCCGAUAACAAAGAUUCCCCAACGCGAUGAAAACGGACAAAACAGAAGUGAUUACGAACGAUUUAAUAUCAUUGAAGAUUAAUACUAACGUAAAUUAUUGGAGAAUUUAUUUAUUUUUUACAAUAUUAGAUAUUACUGUUGAUUAUAAGAUAUAAAUAUUAUAAUUAGGUUGGUUACUUUACAAUGUAACAUAAUCGAAAACAUUUGUAAUUGAACGACAGAUGCAAUAAAAAGAUACUCGUACAAUUGUACUAUUUUUAGAUUCUGAGUGGAGC